AUGCCUCUCCCGCACGGAGGUCGCUCGCCCAUCACCUGCCAUGUCCUCGACUCGACGUCUGGCAAGCCUGCGCCCGAUAUGCGCAUCCGCCUCGACCGCCUGAACACGACCGGCUUUGUCCUUCAGGCGCAAGGCAUGACCGACAACGACGGCCGAUGCAACACCCUCCUCCCUCCCGGCACCCACCUCGAAAUCGGCAUCUUCAAAAUCACCUUCUUCACGAACGAGUACUUCACAAAGAGGGGGAUCUUGUCGUUCUACCCGUUCAUCGAGAUUCCCUUCGAGGUCAAGUCCGCCGACGAGCACUACCACAUACCCUGCCUCCUCUCGCCCUACUCCUACACGACCUACCGCGGCUCCUGA